UGACCCUGUUGUUUACUUCCGGUUGGCUGCUGAAGAGAGACGAGAACGGUUGAAUGAUUGAUUAUACAUUCAUUGAAAGGAAUAAUGAGUUAAACAGAGAAUGUAGACAAGAAGAGGAAGACAGCUAUAUAGACUGAUGACAGAGGCUAUGAUCAUGGAAGGAAGACGGAACUGAUAGAACAAUGGCGGAAUGUGAACGAGGGUAUCUCCAAAUGGAUGACCAGGAAAACCGUCCAAUUUUCGUCGUUGGAGACGAUAGCACCUUCAAUCAGCUAUAUAUGCAGGAAAGCCAUGAGGACAUCGCCGCCAUCACCGUGGGUGUGUGUGCCAUGGCAAAGAAAUGUAAUUCUAAACCGAUGCUUGAGAUUUUGCAACGCCUCGAGUUAUUUGAACACAUCAAAACUCUGGUGUUCGAGGAGGACGUCAUCCUGUAUCAACCAAUAGAGGACUGGCCUGUGGUUGACGUCCUUAUCUCUUUCUUCUCCCAGGGAUUUCCUCUCGACAAGGCCAUUGAGUACAAGAAUCUACGCAAGCCAUACAUAGUUAAUGACUUGGAGGCUCAGAAAAUCCUCUUAGACAGGAGACAGGUCAAUGAAAAACUGGAAGCAGAAGGCAUCAUCCAUCCCAGAUACGCUAUAUUAAACAGGGAGGGAAAUGGAACAGCUAAAUGUCAGUACACAGAUGCUGAGGACUGUAUUGAGGUGAACGGUGUAGUGUUCCACAAACCGUUUGUUGAGAAACCAGUGUCAGCCGAGGACCACAAUGUUUACAUCUACUUCCCCGUCGCUGCCGGGGGAGGUAGUCAACGACUCUUCAGGAAGGUUGGUCCCCGAAGCAGUGCCUACUACCAGGUGAAUCGUGUGCGACAGUCCGGCUCCUACAUCUACGAGGACUUCAUGCCUACAGAUGGCACUGAUGUGAAGGUGUAUACUGUUGGUCCUGACUACGCACAUGCUGAAGCAAGAAAAUCGCCGGCGUUAGAUGGGAAAGUAGAGCGGGAUAAAGAUGGAAAAGAAGUUCGGUUUCCAGUCAUUCUGAGUGCCAAAGAAAAGCUUUUAGCUAGGAAAGUGUGCCAAGCAUUUAAGCAAAAUGUGUGUGGGUUUGACCUCCUCCGAGCCAGUGGGAAAUCUUACGUGUGUGAUGUCAAUGGGUUCAGCUUUGUGAAAAACUCUAUCAAGUAUUAUGAUGACUGUGCAAAGAUAUUGGGGAUGGAGCUGAGGACCGUUGUAGCUGUUAUAAGACAUGGUGACCGGACACCAAAGCAGAAAAUGAAAAUGGAGGUCAAACACAAAAAAUUCUUUGAUCUCUUUAAGAAAUAUGACGGCUAUCGGAGCGGACAUCUAAAACUGAAGAAACCGAAACAGCUCCAGGAGGUUUUAGACAUCGCCCGGUUCUUACUGUCGGAACAUCAGGCCUCGUCAGAUCCAGAAAUAGCAGAGAAGAAAGCUAAAUUACAACAGCUGAAAGUUGUCUUAGAAAUGUAUGGCCAUUUUUCUGGAAUCAACCGGAAAGUUCAGCUGAAAUACCAACCCUACGGUCACCCAAAGAAAUCGUCCAGUGAAGAAGAUUUGAGUGAGGAGAUUGAACAAUGCAGUUUUGAUGAUUGUGAUAACUGUGACAACAAUGACUAUCCUCGCAAACCAUCCUUGUUGCUGAUUGUGAAAUGGGGAGGGGAGUUAACUCCGGCAGGUAAAAUACAGGCAGAAGAUUUAGGCAAGGCCUUCCGGACACUGUAUCCUGGUGGACAAGGUCAGUUUGAGACACCGGGUUUGGGCUUUCUACGUCUCCACAGCACUUUCCGACAUGACCUCAAGAUUUACGCUUCUGAUGAAGGGCGGGUCCAGAUGACUGCUGCAGCAUUUGCCAAGGUAAAGGUCAUAGAUAUUUUACAAGGGUUUGUAAUAAAUAUAAGAAACAUUGAUUUUGAGAAAAAUCCUCUAUAUAAUUGA